GAGAUUGAGGAGGAUCGUAAAAAAGCUGAACUCGAAGGAGUGGCGGUAACAGCUCCCCGGAAGGGCCGCUUGAUGGAGAAGGAGAAUGUGACAGUUGAGGAGAAGAGCCUGGGUUCUUCUCGGAGGUCUCCUGGGACCCCUCGGCUCCCAGGGGCCAGCAAGGGACACCGGACCCCCCCACAGCAGGGAGGCCGGGCAGGCAUGGGCCGGGCAUCCCGAAGCUGGGAGGACAGUCCUGGGGAGCAGCCUCGAGGAGGAGCUGGGGGUCGUGGCCGGAGGGGCCGGGGCCGGGGGUCCCCUCAUCUCUCUGGGGCUGGAGACGCUUCAACCUCCGACCGCAAAUCCAAGGAGUGGGAGGAGCGGCGCAGGCAGAACAUUGAGAAGAUGAACGAGGAGAUGGAGAAGAUCGCAGAGUACGAGCGCAACCAGCGGGAGGGGGUGCUGGAGCCGAAUCCGGUGCGGAACUUCUUGGAUGACCCCCGGCGGCGCAGUGGGCCCCUGGAGGAACCUGAGCGGGACCGCCGGGAGGGUAGCCGCAGGCACGGGCGCAACUGGGGGGGCCCUGACUUCGAGCGGGUGCGCUAUGGCCUUGAGCACGAGCGGCAGGGCCGCCGGGCUGCCCUGGGCGGUGCUGGUGACAUGACGCUGUCCAUGACGGGCCGGGAGCGGUCGGAGUACCUGCGCUGGAAGCAGGAGAGGGAGAAGAUUGACCAGGAGCGGCUGCAGAGACACCGCAAGCCCACUGGCCAGUGGCGGCGGGAGUGGGAUGCUGAGAAGACUGAUGGGAUGUUCAAGGAUGGCCCAACUGCUACGCAUGAAGUGUCCCACUGCUAUGAUGAACAGGCCUGGGCCCGGCCCCCCAAACCCUCCACUUUUGGGGAAUUCCUGUCCCAGCACAAAGCUCAGAUCAGCAGCCGCAGGAGGAGGAAGAGCAUCCGAUCCCAGGCCAAGGCAGCCUCCCAUGCCUACAGUGACCAUGAUGACCGCUGGGAGACAAAAGAAGAGGCAUUGUCUCCAGCCUCAGAGGCCCCACAGCCCACUUCCCCUGAGGAGACAUCCACACAGCCACCUGAGACUCCAGCCCCUGCCCACCGGCCUCCUGAGGAUGAGGGGGAAGAGAACGAAGGGGAUGAAGAUGAGGGGGACGAGGAUGAAGAAUGGGAGGAUGUGAGUGAGGAGGAGGAGAUCGAGGAGGAGGAGGAGAUCAAGGAGGAAGAAGAGGGUGAUGAGGAGGAAGAACCAGCCCAAGACCACCAACCUCAAGAGGCUGAUCCCACUGGGAACCCCAUCAGUGAGCAGGCCGAAAAAGUGCCCUCCAGGCCAGAGGAGCCCUUGCCACUUCCCCAGACUACUGCCACGCCUUCCAGUCCCUUCUUGCCACCUGGUGGCCACCAGCCCGUGUCCGACUGGGGUGAAGAGAUGGAGCUGAAUUCUCCCCGGAUCACCCACCUGGUUGGCGCCCUCUCUCCGGGAGGUGACCAGCCAAUCCCUGUCUUCCCGGAGAGUGGGCCCAGCCUCCCAGGAACUCAGAAAGCUGAAGAGGAGGGGUCUGAGGCUGUUCCAGAGGCCGGCCCCGAGGGCCAGGAGACAGCGGAGAUCACCGACUUCCAGAGGGUGCGUUUCUGCAAGGUGGUGGCGGCAGUACCGCCACCGGGGGCUGCCCGCUGACCGUGCCCACCGGACCGCGGCUUCCACGCUCUGCACUAACCUGUCACCUUGCUCCUCUGUUCUCUGCUUCUGCCGCACUCCAGCCAGGAGAGGGUUAAAUAUAAGGGGGGAGGAGCCGGGGUCAUUGCCCCGGGUGGGGCCUGGGCAACGGUCUGAAUUUUGUGAGAACUCGGUCCGGGCCCCACAAAUGGGGGACAUCGUGGGACCGGGAUGACUGAGACACCUCCAAGCUAGCCACCCGUGGAGGCUAUGGGUGGCUAGGUGCCAGUCCCCGGGCCGAAUUUCCUGCCUCCAGGAGUUUACAUGUGGGGUAUAGCAAAUAGCCGAUGACUCUUCCGAAGGACUCGACUGAUUCGGACGGGCGCCAGUCCCAUCUGUAUUAAACACAGUGCUUCCGCUAA